AUGUCUUUUACUGCGCUCCGCCGGGUGGAGGACCCGCCUGUUGAAGAAGGCAAGCCUGAGAGUCAGACUGUGCUUCCUGACUAUGAGAAUCCAUUUAGUCAUGAUGAGACUGGUGAGGUGAAGUACCGCACGCUGGCAUGGUGGCAAUGUGGCAUGAUCAUGGUGGCGGAGACCAUCUCGCUCGGCAUCCUCUCCCUUCCCUCGGCCGUGGCGUCUCUUGGCCUGAUCGCUGCGGUGAUCCUGAUCCUUGGCCUUGGUGCCUUGGCGACUUACACGGGCUAUACCUUGGGUCAAUUCAAGUUGAAGUAUCCCCAUGUGCACAGUAUGGGGGACGCCGGCGAGGUCAUGAUGGGCCGGAUCGGUCGCGAGAUCCUGGGAACUGCGCAGCUGUUCUUCCUGGUGUUCAUCAUGGGCAGUCAUAUCCUGACCUUUAUCGUCAUGAUGAACACUCUGACCGACCAUGGCACUUGCUCCAUUGUGUUUGGGGUUGUUGGCUUGGUGCUGUCGUUUAUCCUCACCUUGCCGCGUACCCUGAAGAAAGUGUCUUGGUUUUCGAUCUCGUCCUUCAUCAGUAUCCUCUCAGCGGUUAUGAUCACCAUGAUUGCGAUCUCAAUCCAACGUCCGGGCGAUGGACAUGUCGAUGCGACCGUGGAAAACUCCUUCUACCGAGCGUUCCUGGCCGUCACCAACAUUGUCUUUGCAUACGCCGGGCACGUGGCCUUUUUCGGAUUCAUCUCGGAAAUGCGCGUGCCGACCGACUAUCCCAAGACGCUGUACAUGCUGCAGGGGAUUGAUACGUCGAUGUAUGUUGUCGCAGCAGUGGUGAUCUAUCGGUACGGCGGCAAGGACGUGGCAUCACCUGCGUUGGGCUCGACCAGUCCAUUGUUGUCCAAGAUAGCCUACGGCAUCGCUAUUCCGACGAUUGUUGUCGCUGGCGUGAUCAAUGGUCAUGUGGCUUGCAAGUACAUCUACGUCCGUUUGUUCCGAGGCACCGACCGCAUGCACCAGCGCGGAUUCGUGGCGAUUGGAUCGUGGAUUCUGAUUGCGCUGGUUCUGUGGACAUUUGCGUGGAUCAUCGCCGAAGCGAUUCCGGUUUUCAAUGACCUGUUGAGCUUGAUUACGGCACUCUUCGCCAGUUGGUUUACAUAUGGGCUGAGUGGGGUUUUCUGGCUCUUCCUGAACCGGGGCCGAUAUGUGUCGUCUCCCCGGAAGAUAUUCUUGACGGGUCUCAACGUGCUGGUAGUGAGCGUGGGCGCGUGUCUGUGCUGUCUGGGCUUGUAUGUGUCGGGCAGAUCGAUUCACGAGCACCCGAGCAGUGCCAGCUUUGCGUGCGCGGACAAUGCGCGACAUGCCAGUUGAUGGCUCGGAGGACAAAUGCCGAGAGCCGAGUGCCGGAUGGGGAAGCGCAGUCAGGCACCAGACAAUCCCUGGAUGAUGUCAGUCCAUAAUAAUACGGGCUCUAACUCCUCUAUGCAAGGCUUAUCCUUCAUAUGCUGCAAUAACUAGUGCUUGCCACGGCUCAUAUGACGUCGACGGAUCCAUCGGAUGCCAACCGUCCAGCUUGACAUCAUCAGACCAUAUGCAGUACACAGUAGGAGGUCCAGAAUAAAUAGUACAUAGUAAUCGAC